UAAAAUACAUACAAAGCACCUAAAUUAAAAACUCUGGUCUGUGAGUAAGAGAGGAGGAGAGCGACUAGUGAGGAACGAUCAACGUUGGAGGGGCUGGUACGAAACUUGCCGGAGCAGAGAGAAGGGACCCACCGUCAAAAACCUGCGUCGCCGAUAUCACGUAUAGCAAAGACGCACGUCUCUGUUUCUUUUUCUUCGCCGGCCAACUGAUGGAUAUGCUUUGGAUGAUGACAUGCAUGCUUACGGUUCUUGAGAGCGCUAGCUAGAGAUAUUACUAAUUUUGCCAUGGACCGGCGUUCCAUAAUGGCUAUUGCCAAUGCCAAAGCGACCGAGGAGCUGGCUGCUAAGGCGGCCGAGGCGGCCCGACGUGCCGCGGCCGGUGGGAGUGGGGCUACUACUGAUGCGCCCCCAAGGCCUGCCCAAUCGAAGAAGAAAAGGCCGGCCACUGACGGCCAGAAGAAAUUAACUGAGGCCGGCCUGAACGUCUCCAAGAAGACGAAGAGGGCACCUUCUCCUUCCCCAGGUACCGAGGCCGGUACUCUGGCUGUUCCCAGCGUGGACGAUGGUGGUCCCGUCGUGGACCUGACUGUUGCUGGCGAUGCUGCCCCGUCGCUUCCUCUCAUCCAGGAACCGCGGACGAAGAGGGCCGGUAAGGAGAUAGCCGGUGCCACCUACCAGAAGAUGGUAGAAUACCCCGUCGGCGGGGGUGUGUUCGAUGAUGUCGUCCUUGGCCACGACGUCCUGGCCCAGGCCAUGCCGGCCAAAGAUCGGGCUUACUUGAAGAAGCUCGGGGACGUUAAGAUUUACGAGGGCGGCAUGGACCUCCUCGUCCAAAGUGCCUUUAUGCUCAUGGAGAGCCAUAAAAGGCAAUACCGAGAGAUAGCUCGUCUGAAGGAGCUGGAGCAGAAGGCCGCCUCGGCCGACGAGGCGGUAGCUUGCCUAGAUCGGCUCCGGGAGGAUGCCAGGGCGUUGCAGGAAAGGGCCGAUGAAGCCGCCGCAGCCAGGGACGAUGCCCUGGCGAAGCUCGAGGAGAGCAAAAGGGAGCUCGAGGAGUCCCAACGAACGCUGGAGGCCGAGCGGCGCAAGAGCGAGGAGGCCGCGAAGGCGAAGACUGAGGCCGAGGCCGCCGUUGUGAGGGCUGCUGAUGAGGCCGUGGAGAAGUUCCUGGCCGAGGGGUGGAAGGCCGAUGAGAGGCUUCCCUGGUGCUACGGGGUGGUGGCCGCCAGGCUUGAGAGUUGGGGGAUGAACUCCCCCGCCGGCCAGGAGUAUUUCAGCCGAGAGAUGUCUGUGUAUUAUAACAUGGGCCAGGAGCGGAUGUAAAGGCUCUUGUGUUGGCGGCUCUCUCGUGCUUUGAAGGCCAUGAACUAUACGUCUGGGUGGGCUAGACGGAACCUGAAGCUGCCGAAGCUGAUGAAGGAUCCAGAAGAGCAGGCGAAGCUUCCCUUGUCGGAGCGCGAGUCCCCCAUUGAAAGCUCCGGCCUCGGCGAGCCGGAUUACACUGAAUUUGACUUCCUUGACGAUGCCACUAGCGCUGCGGCCGCUGCCGGCCAGGAGAUUGAAGCCGAGGAGGGGGCCGACGAGGCCGAAGAGCCAGCCGCAGAUGGAGGUGCCCCAGAGGCUUGAUCUGCUACUCUGUAGUUAAUUUUUAUUUUUGCCAAAUGAUGUAACGGCCGUAGCGCCCCCCAAUUGUAAUGAACUUGACCAUCAAUGAAAAAAAUUUUGCCGUCCUGUUCGGCUUUGAAUC